UAACCGGAGGAUUGCGCAUUCCAGACUCCUCUCUGUCGGCUUUAUGGUAUCUUUAAUGAUAAAUAAAAUCAGUAUAUUUAUAUACUGAAAUUAUACAUGUAUAUAAUUAUAAUCCUCCGAUCUGAGAUGUGAUUUGUGAAGUACAAGCUGCAUGAAUCAGACACCAGCCGAGUUGAACCCGAAGCCUCCCUCCAUGUGUCACAGACACGCAUCUUUCUGUAGCUGAUCAUCGCUGGAGCAUCGUUUUGUGUGGAGCCAGAAACAGUGCCAGCGUUUUGCAGCCUGGUGGUUAAAUGAAUCCCAGCCGGAGAUCAGACAGCGGAUGUAGGAGGACAGAAGAAGGACGGGGGUGCUUUCCUGUUCUGGAGUAAACAGCGUUAAGUCUCUGCAUGGAUAAGCAGUGUCAUGUCUUCUCUUCACAGCGCUACAAAUGGAGAAGAGCAUAGACGCAAAAAUAGUCCUUGGAAUUUCCAGUACCUGCUUUCAUCCUUCAGCUGCUUAAGAUCCUGAUGGAAAUCAACACACUGGAUUAUUAUGAAGCUUCAGUCAAGGCAUGGGAUUCAUUGGAUUCAUUUCUCGUGUCUGGAUUUCCUUUAAUGAAUUAAGGAACUGUCUAUAGAUGCCAUUAGUUCAUUGAAUCCAUUCCUCACCCUGAAUGUAAUGUGGAGAGAAGGACAGCAUUCUGGUCAUCUCUUUGGCUCUGAUAACACACACACAUUUUCUCCAUCUGUUCAUCAGGAGCAAUGCUUUUCCACACGACGCCUCUGCGUGCAGACGUUCUGGCUUUCUACUGUUUUCAAUCAGGCGUCUGCUGAGGAAUAAACAACAAGACCCGCGACAUGCAUCUUGGACUGGAUGAGAGCAGGGAAUGUCAGUACAAUCAGAUCUGCACCCAUCAUAACUCCUCGUCCAUGGAAACGGCUCACGCCAAGAAGAGGAGAGUGAAGAGAAAGUGGCAGGUCUUCCCAGGCCGGAACAAGUUCUACUGCGAUGGGCGGAUCAUGAUGGCAAAGCAGUCCGGCGUGUUCUACCUCACCAUGGUGCUGAUCCUGGUGACCAGUGGGUUGUUCUUUACGUUUGACUGUCCGUUCCUGGCCUCUAACUUGAGCCCGGCCAUUCCAGCCAUCGGUGGUGUGCUCUUCCUCUUCGUUAUGGUCAUGCUGCUCCGUGCGAGCUUCAGCGACCCCGGCGUUCUGCCCCGAGCCACUCCAGACGAGGCAGCCGAUGUAGAAAGACAGAUAGACGCGGCAAACGGAAUGAGUGGUGCGAGCUCACGGCCUCCUCCCAGGACCAGAGAGGUGCUAAUCAACGGCCAAACGGUCAAACUGAAAUACUGCUUCACCUGCAAAAUCUUCAGACCACCAAGAGCCUCGCACUGCAGCCUGUGUGACAACUGCGUGGACCGUUUUGACCACCACUGCCCCUGGGUAGGCAACUGCGUGGGAAAGCGAAACUACCGCUUCUUCUACCUGUUCAUCCUCUCGCUCUCCUUCCUCACCAUCUUUAUCUUCGCCUUCGUCAUCACUCACGUCAUUCUGAGAUCGAACAGGACCGGGUUUCUCGGCGCCCUCAAAGACAGCCCAGCCAGUGUGCUGGAGGUGGUCGUGUGUUUUUUCUCCAUCUGGUCCAUCGUGGGUUUGUCGGGUUUCCACACCUACCUGAUCAGCUCCAACCUGACUACCAACGAGGAUAUUAAAGGUUCAUGGUCAUCCAAACGAAGCAAAGACAACUACAACCCCUACAGCUACGGCAACAUCCUCACCAACUGCUGCGCUGCUCUGUGUAGCCCGUUACCGCCCAGUCUGAUUGACAGGAGGGGGCCUGUAGAAACAGAUGCCCCUCAGGCAGCAUCUCAGUCAAAUGGGACCAACGCAUGUCCUACAACUCAGCUCCAGAGUCAUAUGUGUCACCAAGAUCAAUGCAUCCAGAGCACCAAAUUCGUUUUGCACGCCGCCACCACGCCUCUCCUUCACGCCCAGCCGGUGCUGCUGAGCGGAGGCGCUGUCCUGCAGGUCAAACCGUCAGUGGUUAUGCCGUGCUCGCUUCACCCCUCGCUGCCCUCCUCCACCACCAGUCUGGGCUGCGGGGGUGAGCUUUUGGCUUUACAUGACCCUGAAAGCCUCUGCCACCACCACCAACUCAGCCACGAGGCCUUCGCCAGCCCAGAGGAGAUGCCCUCCCCGGCCAUGGCGCUGCCCUGCGCCGCCCACCUAGUGCAGCUGUAUGACCCGGCCAGCCAGGACUCGCUGCACGAGGAUUCGGUACGCGGCCUGGUGAAGCUCAGCUCCGUGUGACAAUCCCAGAAAGCGCAGAGCCAAAAGCCAUAAUUUAAUAGGACGAUGAAACACCUCCGGUGACAUUUUACUUUUUCAGACACUGCAAGAUAGAACAGCCUCAAAUAAAUAAAUAAAUAAAUAAAUAAAUAAAUAAAUAAAUAAAUAAAUAAAAGUCCCAAGAGCAGUCUUCCAGCUCUUCCAGUGUGCUUACGCAGGAGAGCUGAUCUGUUAGCGCUCUCGCACUAUGCCUCAAAAUGAACUCUGUAUUAAAGGAUCACACUUUAUCAACACACUGAAAACAAAAGAUAUCUUGGCAAGUGAAAGUGUCUUGGAUAAAGCGAAUAUAUCGAACACUUCUCGUUACGACACCGCAACAAAACAAACGUAAGAUUACUAAGCCUAUAUUAAAUAUUAAAUAUCAUUUUACUCAUUACAAGCUUGAAAUGAUAUUCUUUUGCUUGAUUGAUUUAUUUGUAGAACGAAGCAAGAAUGACCUGCUAAUAGAACAAGACGAGCAAAAAAAAAACCCGACUAGAACUAUGCAUCAUAAUCAUAUAGUUGUUUUAUAAUAAUAGUCGUGAUAAACAUUAUACCACAGCGCCGUUGAAUUCUUGACUCAGUUUGGUCAGAAGGUGUUGAUUUGUUUGGUGAAAGUAGUCCCGGCUGCAAGGCAAAUCACAGGUUUAUAUUAAUGUGCUCGUUAUAAUACGCUAUCGUUUCUAUAGUAAUGGCUAAUUCAAAAGCACUGUAUAGACUAAUAAUAAACAGAUGAAAGGCGUUGAUGAUGUGAGGUUUUUCGGUGAGGAGACGUUUAUUGAAGAUUUAAGGAAGGAGACUCCAGCGUCAGCACUUUCUAACACCACAGGAGAUCCGUCAGGACGGAGGAGUUUGUGCUUUUAAGUUUUUCGGUAACGUUGCAAGCUGUAUUUUUCGUCUCAUUAACUUCAAGAGAGCGCUAAAGAGAGGCAGGUUAGGAAACGACUGACAUAGCUGCUAUAACGCAAGUGAAAAACCCGAACUAAUUUGCAUCAUAAAAUCAUUCCACAAUGGUAAAAGUAACUGUAAAUGGAUAAAUAGUAUGAUACGUUGUUGAAAAUCACAGUCAUUAUCAAAUUGUUGUGGUAUAAGAGGAAUGAAACACUAUGCACUGAUGUGCUAUUAUUGGAAAAUAAUCACCUUUUGGGUGGUAACAUUAACUGCGUCAUUGAUUAUUUUCCUAUAACAGCAUGCCCCCAAAGUGUUUAUUCCUUACUUAGAUAAACAAACCUUUAUUCAGGAUAUUUUCACAUGUUAAGAUAUCAUUUUUUGAUGUACAUGUGGACAAAUCUGACCUUUGUUCCUAGUAAGUUCAUCGAGUUCAUCGAGAAACCAAGAUGUUCUACUAUAGCACUUAGAAACGUUCAUGAGCUCUGGAAGAAGUACAUCACUCUCCUUCACACGCUGUCCAUGAUUCAGACGGUGGAUGUUUUCUAGAGCUGAACACUAAAGACAGUUGGUGUAAAUGCAAUCUCACUGCCUUUCUACAUCUCUCUGGGCUUCUGUUGACAAUAUCAUUCCGGCAAUAUGGCAAUAUGACAGUGGGCUUAUUAACAUCACGAUAUUGCAUCAGAUCUUUUUGAUAUGUCUGAAUCACACAUUAUGGUGAUGUGAUUUAUGUGCCAAAUACAAGUCCAAUGAUUUCCCAUUGUAGAGGUGAUAAUCUUGUCAAUAAAUUUGCAAAUUUG